GCGGGCGAGGCCUUCUGUGGAGUACGGUGGCCCGCAGUGGGCAGCGGCGGACGCCAGUGGCGGGGUGAUGGCAGCGCGGCCCGGCCGGCUGGCAGCCAGGUCACCAGGAGCCCGGGCUGAGCUGGGCUCGACAGCGGCGUGUAAGCGGUUUCCUUGUGGUCCUUUUCAUCUCUUCUGCCAACCAUGGGCACAGGUGAUUAUGACUCCCCCAUCUAGAGCCUUAUCUGGAAUCCCAAGCAGUUUGAAGAAAAUGCAGUGAGACAGUGUAACCUUUUUCCUGAAUUCCUCCUGCUCAACACAGCCCAGGAUCUUGAUUGACACGGUCUUGCCAGGAUCUUGACACAGCACAUCAACCUCUGCCAGACUCCUCUCUUUAUCUAGCCCAGCACAAGUGAGUCAGUGAAGGGAUUCCAGGGUGACUGCUGUGGACACAAAAAGGACAGUGCCCUCCAUGGUGAUCUUCAGGCAGUUCCCUAGCAAGGCAGCAAAUCCCAGCUCUACACUCAUGAUUAGGCAGCCUCCACGGGGGACCCUUCUGUGCCUUGCAACAGCUCUGUGCAGUGUUGUCUUCAGCUACAAAAUCAGCCUGCUUCUGUGGCCUCCUUUCUGUGUCUAAACCAAUUUGUUCCUCUAGCUUCUGCAAAUUCCAAGACAGGCUUCAGUGAGGGGACAUCUUAGAGAGUCAUUGUAUUUCUAAGUCUUCAAUAUUUACCCCUCGGGACUUUUGACCCUCUUACCAUAUACAUUUUGGAAAUCAAAAUGGAAGAUGUUGAAGAAAUUUUGGACCAGUUAUAUAAGAAAGUACUUCUUGGAGCCACCCUUGAGGAUGACAUCCAUGGUUACAUCUUUUAUCUCAACCCAAACCUCUCAGAGCAAGCUGGCUAUACAGCCCCCUCUUUAGCACAGUCAGCUGUUAAUGAUGCUCUUCAUGGUGUGCCAGGCCAGCAUAGACCAUCUUCCAGUGAAUCCACCACCUUUCCUGAAGCACGGGAGUGUGCGAAGAGAGACUUCCAGAUGAGCAGGGCCCAGGAGGUGGCACUCCUUCAGUUAACAGUGAUUGACCUGCUCCUGAGCCGAGUGCUGUCUACUGAAACUGAGGCCCACGCAAAGAAGGGGUACAGAGAGCUGACUAAAGCCCUUUUGCAGUCAGCUGGAGUCGAUUCCAAAUUGGUCUGGAUGCUCCAGAACUCAGAUAAGUUGUUGUCUCACAUGGCUGCCAAGUGCCUCUCAUCGCUCCUCUAUUUCCAGCUGAGAGAGAAGAUGAUGUUAAGUGAUCCCUGGGUCACUUUUUGCCAGAAGCAUCUCUCUGAAUGCUCUGAGAGUGGAGAAGCAGUGCACUGCCUUUGGAUUCUCACAGUUGUAAUAAAAGAAGCCUUUAAAGAUGCACAGUCCCAGCAAGCAGAAAUCCUAGAACAGCUCUUGGCUCCUUUUGACAUUACUUUUGAAGUGUUCUACAAUUCCUUAUUUUCUCAGCAUUUUGGAAACUUCCAGAAUCUCGCUAACGUGGUCAACAUCCUGGUGUGCUUCCUGGAGCUGCUGGAACUUCUCACAGCCUCCAGAAUCCACCUGAAACUGCACUUUCGAAGCCAAAAGAUACUAUUUUUGAAACCCCGUGCUCUAGAUAUUCUUGCCUGGCCUAUUCCAGCUUUUGUUAAAAGGAAAUUGGUUAUCGUCAUCAAAAAGUGCCUCCUUGGUAAAAUGGGAGAGGACCUCUGCCGUGGAUCAGUGCCUGCCCUGGUGUCACCAGACUAUCUUCAGGACAGUGACGUGCUGGCCUUAGCCGAGGAACUUCUGUACAGGGUACAUCUGGGGUUGUGGAAGGAGUUGUCUGUUCCUGGAAAGCCUUCCUGCUUUGGAGGAGACGAAGUUCAACCUGGAUGCCGACCCAGGCCUGGCCCUGAUCACGUCACCCUGAGAGCAGCAAGCUUAAUUACUUUGAAAUCCUUGGAAAUCAAGUUCCAGAAUUGUACCUCAGCAACUGAAAUGGAAGUUGACUUGCAGAAGUUCAUGUCCGAGUUACUGACCUUCUUAAAGCCUCACCUUCAGCCCCCUCUACAAUUCCUCAACCCGUGUGAAUGGCUGUCCAGGAUCUUCAUAGAGCAGGACGAUGACAUGCUGGAGGCUGCCAAAGCAUCCCUGAGCAUCUACCUCCAGUUGACCAGAGGCAGGGACGACACCUCUGGAAGCCUGACUCAAGAAAAUGAAGCAUGGACCCACUCCACUCAUAGCAAUGGCUGUAAUCCACACUGUAUUUUCUUGUUCUUAUUAAAGAACAUAGUGUUCGACUCUACAGUUCUUCUAGACUUCUUGAUUUCCUCCGAAACCUGUUUCCUUGAAUAUUUUGUUAAAUAUUUGAAAUUGCUGCAAAAAGACUGGCAUCACUUUCUGUCCGUCUGCAAGUUCUUUGAUGCAGCUGAAUCACAGUGUGGAGCAAAUACUCGUGAUCCUGUCCCCCCACUUGUCCACGACAGAAGCACCAGCCACACAGUACCUCAUGCUCUGGCUUCUCCUGUUGGCCACAGAAAUGCUUGCCCAUGGGUCCCCUGGGCUUCCGAUGCCCGCUCUGAGCCCCAGAGUCAGGUGGUGAUGCCCAGGGAAACUCACACAGUGCCAGCUCAUGGCCCACCUUCCCAGACACCAUGGAGUCUGGUAGAUUAUGACAGCUCGGAAGAUUCUGAUGAGGAAGCCACAAAUCAGCAUUUAGCAAACAGCAAACAGACUUCUUUAUGUUCAGAAAUGAGCAGAGAAACUCAAGGCCUGCCUAGGACAUGUAAGGACCAAAAAGAACUUAGCCUGGAGCCUCAGCUGAGGCCUCUGCUUCCUCAAGAGUCUGGUCCUCCCUUCUGUGCUGCUGGGGAAGUUGCUCCCAAUGGGGCUGUCUGGGAAGUGGGACUGUUUUCUAGAGCAGUGAAAUGCCUGGAGGAGCUACAGAGUGCUAUUUACCGUUUGCAAGAGAAAAAUCUCUUUCCUUACAACCCAGCUGCGCUUCUGAAGUUGUUGAAAGGAGUGGAGGCGAAGUGCGGUAAAGCGUGAGCUCUGGGUGACGGCGGCAGUUGGUCCUCGGGUUUGCAUAUCUGAGUUAAAUAAAACCAAAUCAAAGCUGCAGAAAUGGUUUCCUGAGUCUCUGCUUUACGGAGCAGCCCAAGAAAGGUCCGUUCCAUGGCAGGUCACGUGGUGCAGCUGGGCAACAACUGAAGUAUGCUAGUUCAGACUACACAGAAAUGGCCGUGACAGGUGACUGCGUAUAUGUAGCCUAAAACGAGUGAGCUGUACCAUCUUAGCUCUAGAUGCCAGAAGCCUAAACCGAGAUGCCUUCCAUGCUGUUGCUGCUGGUCACCACAGCACUGAAUGUCCCUUGUAACUAUGUCUCUCCAGCCAGCGCUUCAUGUGGCAUAGUCCCUGUGUGCAUAUCUGUCCACUCCGUGUCUGAAUCCUGUAUGACCUCAUCUUUACACCUACAAAGAUCUUACAUCCCAGUAAGGCCACAUUCAUGGGUUCCAGAUGGAUAUGAAUUUGGGGGAGACACUAGCCCAGUUCAGUUUUAUUUCUCUGAAGUAUUUCCAUACAGCAAUGACUAAGAGAAAAACUUUGUGAGUCAGGGUCUUUAUAUGUAUCCCAGGCUGGCCGUGAACUUGCUAUGUAGUCCAAGUUGGUCCUGAGCUUACCCUCCUUCUGCCUUGGCCUCCCCAGUGCACGAUUAAUAAAAACCUCAUUGACAGCCUCCCAUCCUACUGUUACCCACUCAGCUGCUUGCCCUUAUUUUUGUUUUGUUUUGUUUGUUUGUUUGUUUUGGCAAGGGCCUUCCAGGUUUCAGGUCCGGGAAGCUGUCCCAGUUGGUUCCGGACCAUUAGUUCUGACUGGCCCUGUGUUCUCUGCACUUGAUUCUGUCUCUAGCAUAGCAUCUGUCAUGUUACACUUGAGUCGGCGGUCUUUCCAUCCGUCAGGUUC